AUGGACACUGAUCCACAGUUGGCCCGAUUCCUUCAACAGCUCCAGUCAGAAACGCAAAGACAGAAGUUCACCGAGCAGGUGCACACGUUGACAGGCCGAUGCUGGGACGUAUGUUUUGCAGACUAUCGCCCACCAAGCAAGCUUGAUGGAAAAACUACCACAUGUCUUCAAAACUGUGUCAACCGAAUGAUCGACGCGAGUAACUUCAUGGUGGAACACCUACAGAAGUUGGAAGGUGGGAAAGGGACGAUUUGA